AUGGAUCAGGAACGGAAAAUUAACAGCGCGUCAGCUUUGGAGCACAAAGUAGGCAUGAGCAAUGCUGAGAUUGAUCCUCAGCUCAAUAGGACUGAGGACGGCUCCGAGGGCACUUUGAAGCUGGAGGAAUUUGGGGCAAGAAACAGAAGGAGCACGAUGCAAUUCCCUGUUGCGCCGUUUAGUCCUACCGAAGAGCCUGAAGUAAUACGUUUGAAAAGCGUCGAUGGAUACCGCAAGCGCAGUAUCGAAUUACCAGGGCCGCAGGUUGUGCAUUCUAGCUACCCAGAUCGCGAGUCAGAGACAGCUACGGACCAAGAGAGCGCACAGCUGCAAGAAGUGGGACUCAGAACCACUUCUGCAGACCUAGCCAACACUACCGGAUCGCCAAUUGAACAACUGCCUACAGACUACGAUCCUUACGAGCGGGUCAUUCGCGAAGGGGAUUCUCAGCUAAACAGCGCUGUGUCUCCAAUGCAAAAGUCUACAGAAACCACCUCGGGCCAAAUCUCAAAACUGUCUAUUCCAAAAAUCAGAAGUCCUUUGGACUCAAAUGCACAAGAACAGCAUAGCGCAUGGUCGGAAGGAGAGAAUCUCAUUGAAGAGUAUGGCUAUGUAUCGCCACAAGGACUGGAUUCAGACGACAAGUCCCCCGUCGACAAGGAUGCCUCUAAAGGAACCGAUCUUGACACACUAAACUCUUAUUCCAAGUACAAGCUGCUCAAGGGCUCUAACCGGUAUGUUAGCACAGCCAGCGAGCACCCUUUAACGUCUGCUGCCUCAAUGGCUGGGAUUGCAAGCAAGAGGGGAUCUGUCUCUCAGAUAUGGACUUUUGGAGACGUGGACGGUCUUGAAAGAGCAAGUGCGCGAAGCUCAAAGUCAGAGUUCUCGUUCGGCAAAGCAAGUGUUAGAAAAUACACAGUCGGCUCCAGCAGGAGAACCGUACCAGAUACCGGGGAGCGUAAGAAAUCCGUGGAGUUUGAGGAUGAAAAGGAACCACUGCCUGAAGGCCCAGUUCGACACCAUUACCAGUAUCAGCUGACAAUGUCACCAUGGACGUGUGGACUUCUUGGGUUUCUGAUUCUGUUUCUUUUUGGAUAUGCCGCAUUUGUGUCUGUGAAGGCAUUCUCUCCUCUCAAGGUCGGAAGAGACGAGGUGGACAAUUACUUUGAAAACAUGGAUGAAGUGGAGAGGUUUUCCGAGGUGAACAGAAUCUUCAACGAUUAUACAUCUGGCAAGGCUAAGGAUUCCAACGGAUCGAGCUUGAUGUUUAACGACUCCAGCGAGUUCGAUAGCUUCGACGACAAGGAAAGUAUCAACACUUUCCUGGGUAUCAACGAGAAGUAUCGUGAAGACAAUGAGAUCCGUUCCCUGAUGGAGGACGAUCGGUUGAAACAAACAUUCUAUGGGCUUUCCUAUGCUCCACGAGGAGUCAUUGAGCCAAUGUGUCAAGCUACCCAGAGAGAUGUUCUUUUGGAUAUUGCUUUGCUUUCGAGAGUCACCACAAGGGUGAGAACGUACGGCACGCAAUGUCGUCAAGCAGAGCUGAUUCUGAACGCAUUCAAAGAGUUGAAUGUGAACAUGUCCUUGGCGCUUGGAGUUUGGAUUGGGUCCGACGACCAUACGAACUGGAAACAGCUCAACGAGAUGAAAUGGCUAUUGACCAACUUCCCUAGGAGAUACUUCAACUCCAUCAUUAUUGGAAACGAGGUGAUGUUCCGCCAAGAAAAAACUGUUAGAGAACUCAUGGCAUAUGUGGAGGAUGUGAAGGGAUAUUUGAAAACCAUUGGAUAUGGAGACAUUCCUGUAGGUACCUCCGAGUUGGGAUCUCAAAUCAAGAGCGAGAUGGUUCAGACUUGCGAUUUUGUUGGGGCCAAUAUCCAUCCGUUCUUUGGCGGAGGUAAAGUGAAAGACGGAGUCAAUUGGACCGUGGAUUAUCUUGAGCAACAGGUUGCACCCUUUGUACAGGCUAUCAAGCCUGAGACCAAGAUUCUAGUUACCGAAGUUGGGUGGCCAACUGGAGGAGGAACGUUCAUAGAGUCUGUUGCCGGGGGUAGUGAGAUGCAACAAUUUUUGGAAGCAUGGACCUGCUCGCCAAAGACACAGAAUUUUGGCUGGUACUAUUUCGAGGCCUUUGACGAGCCAUGGAAAAAGAUUUGGCACGAAGACGGAAGCAAGUGGGAAACCCAAUGGGGAUUCUUUACCCACGACAGAAAAAUGAAGCCUGGGAUUGUCUUGCCGGACUGUGCAAGCAUUGCUAAUAUUUCCACUGGGUACUGGAAAAACGUGAGUAGUUUAAAAUGA